AUGCAUAGGCAUGACAACAAGAAUGAUGACAUUAACAAGACAAUUAAUACACUAAAUGAAGAAGCGUCGGUCUCUAUACAAAUAAAAGAUGAAGAAAAUCAAUUCCAUAAUGCUUUGGAAGCAUUAACAAACUUUGUACCUUUCGCACCAUUAAUAGACAGAUUUAUAAAAUUAGGGAAAGAUAUUAUAACAUUAUAUCAAGAGGCUGAAUAUAAUAAACGCUUAUGUAGUUAUUUCACAAGACGGGUAAAUUUGGUUGUCGGAUUUAUAAAAAAUUUAGAAAUUCGAAGACAAGACUGUUUAGAAUUUUUUGUGGAACAAACUAAUCUUCAACUUAUAAAGGAUUUUAUAAAAUGUAUGCUUGAUGUUAGAAAAUUCAUUACAAAUGUUUCUCAAUCUGGUUCAUUUGGUAAAUAA